AUGGAGUCAUCAAAGAGCAGCCGCGAAACUGCUAUAAACAUUACGGAGUCAAAAUCCACCAAAGGAAAAGCCGCUGGUACUGCUCCUGCGACAACAAUCGUGGCCACCACGAAAGCUGCCCUACACCCUCGAGGAGGAUGGAAGAAAGGCGUCGCCAUUUUCGACUUCAUUUUGAGGCUUGCUGCCAUUGCUGCUGCUUUAGGUGCCACUGCUUCUAUGGGGACUACUGAGCAAACUCUUCCCUUCUUCACACAGUUCUUCCAGUUCCACGCUAGCUAUGAUGACCUCCCACCCUUCCUGUUUUUUGUGUUUGCGAAUGCGCUAGCAAGUGGGUACCUUGUCCUCUCAUUGCCGUUCUCUAUAGUGUGCAUAGUUCGUCCACACGCAGUACGACCAAGGCUGCUUCUCCUCAUCUUUGACACUGUCGCGUUAGCUCUCACCACAGCUGGAGCUUCAGCUGCAGCAGCCAUUGUGUACUUGGCUCAUAACGGGAACCCAAACACGAACUGGAAUGCCAUUUGUCAGCAGUUUACGGACUUCUGCCAGGCUGCCAGUGGCGCCGUGGUGGCUUCCUUCGUUGCAGCAACCAUGAUCAUGUUUAUAAUUGUGCUUUCUGCUUUCGCUCUCCGGAAACCUUAA